CUAAUAAAAAUUCAAUGAUUGUACAAAAGCAAACUGAACAUCACAGCAUUCGCAAUGAGAAAAUCCACGAUUGUCGUUUUAGGAUUACUGCUGAUUAUCCAGCAUUCUUUCGCCAGUCCUGUACCAGAAGCAGAGGCUACAGAUUCACAGCAUGAACUCAAUACAAACAGCGAAUUGUAUAAAGCAGUUGCAAACGAUUUUGUAAAACGCGCCUUGCCCUACUGUGAAAAUUUUGGAAAAAUAUCGAAACAGAUGUUGGAGGAUAUCAAAGAACACAAGUCCGACGAUGAAUACGACGAAGUAAAAGAUCGCUUAGAAGAGUACAUUGAAGCGGCCGAUCAUCUGGGAAACUCUGAUCAAGAAGAAGUUUUGAAAUAUUUACUGAGAUUGGUGGAGCACUUGUUAGCAGCUACUCACGAGUAUAAGGAGCCCGAAGCCAAAAAAAAUCUUUUCUAUACACUACUCGACAAACAUGAAGAUGAAGAACUAUUGGAAGGAUUUGAAAAAAGUUUCCAAGAAUAUUUCGAUGGAUUCGAUGCAGAAUAUGGUGAAAACUUCAGUGAUAAUGGAAAAGAAGUCAAUGACGAUCUUCUGAAAUGGCAUAAGUCAUUUGUACAAAAAGAUCCACCUGGGAAAUUUGUUAAACAAUUUGUAGCAUUCGUAAGCUUUUUCAAAUUAUAUAACCCGAAUUUAUUUUCAAGAGAGUGAUUCCCGAAAAUUCUACUAAACUUUAUCUUGGAUAUCUGAGAAAGAAAAUAAAGCUUCAAAUUAAUCAAUAAUAAAAACAAUAACAUCCUAAAGAUUUAAGCCUUUCUUUUUUUAAUUUCUUCUUUUAUUCGAUAAACAAAUAUUUUUAACUGGAACGUUUAGUUUUGAUAUAUUUCUAAUAAUCCAAAGUUUUCGCUUGCUGAGAUCAACCGCUUUAAAGUAAAGACUAAGAAAAACAAACGUAACAUCGCAUGUGAACGUGUUAUGCAAGAAAAUGUCACAAAUGAAUAUCCGACGAUGAAAGAAUGUGAUACUAAAAAUUGAUAAAGAAAACUUGAUAAAUUUUAACAACGUAAACAUACACAAAGAAACAAGUUAGAAAAAGCCGAAAGCGCUUGAGUACCAAAUUAAUUGAUAAUGACAAGGAAAAUAUCGCAGACAUAUCUACAAGCAGUGUUUAUUAAAAGGACCUAAAGCCAUAUUCAAAUGCAGCUUCAUGAUGCGUGCUAACAUAUAUUUAGGCAAAAAGAGCGAGCAGCGAAGAUAUACGUUCGCGUGAGUAGGCCGUUAGGUAAGAAUCGCGGCUUCUAAGUCAACGUUCGCGGAUUUAAAUCUCAAGUGUGAUCGACUGUACUUUGCCCGUGGCUGUAGUGAGUACUCAGUCGGUAAUGACACAACACUCACGGACUUGGCACGCAACCACUAGAGGGUGAGGUCUAUUUCUUCUAUAUCGUCGCUUCUUUCGGACCGUCACCAUGUCACACAAAAAUUAGGGUUCCCUGAGUGAUUGGUCACAUCAAAAAAAAAAAAUAAAAAAUCACAAGUGUAACAAAUGGCUUGAUGUCGAAGUCUAGACAACGUUAUCAGAAA